AUGUCGAACCAUCCCCCAAACUUCAAGCUCGCCUUCUUCUGGACGGACGACUUCGCCCCUUCUAGAUUCUACUCCUUUCAACGUAUCUGCGAUAUGGACUCUGACCUCGAUAACGUGAUCAACCGUCCCUCGGUGGCCAAGGCACUCGCUUCAUUUGUUCAACAUAAUUUUAAGUUGAACAAUGAGGUCUUUGGAAGCCGGGCCCAUUCUCAAGAAGCCAAGAACCUCCGGUUAAAGCUUGCAGAUGAGCUCAAAGCAGCGACGUUGAAGGUGUCCGAACUUGAGUCAAAGCUGGAGGCUGCCCUGGAGUCUGCCCAGAAAGUGUCUGACCUCGAGUCAAUGAUGGCAGUGGCUUUGAAAGAAUUCGAGGCCAAGAAUUAUGAGAUCAAGGAAAAGGACUCCAAAAUCAAAGAACUUCAGGAGCUAAAUGCCAAGUUGGAGGAGGAAAAGAAGGCAACCUUCGAGAUAAUCGAAGGUGAAAAGGCUCGUCUUCUUGAGGAGUUUAAGACUAAGAAAGAUCACUUCGUAGAUAUGCAUCUUGGAAAAUUAGAGGCCGAGUUCAUUGAAAAAUGGCAAGCUCGGCUGGAGGAAGAGGAGGACAAGCUCGAGGCUGAGAAGAAGGUGGAGGCACCCGGUGCUGCUGGUGGGGAAGCAUCUACCUUGUGA